GAAAGAGGUGAAGCACAAGCCGUCCAGAAGAAUCUCCAGAACACACAGAAAUUGUUUGAUACAUUUAACAGACAAAUUAAGCCAAGUCCUGACAUGGAGAAACCUCAGAACUCUGUCAAGAGUUUUACUAAACAGAGUACUCUCAAAAACCACCAGCGCAUUCACACAGGAGAUAAACCAUAUUACUGCUCAGACUGUGGAAAGAGUUUUACUAGACAGAGUACUCUUAAAAAACACCAGCGCAUUCACACAGGACAGAAACCGUAUCACUGCUCAGACUGUGGGAAGAGUUUUACUAAACAAAGUGAUCUCAAAAUACACCAGCGCAUUCACACAGGAGAGAAACCGUAUCACUGCUCAGACUGUGGGAAGAGUUUUACUACACACAGUCAUCUCAAAGUGCAUCAGCGCAUUCACACAGGAGAGAAACCGUAUUACUGCUCAGACUGUGGGAAGAGUUUUAAUCAACAGAGUCAUCUCCAACGACACCAGCGCAUUCACACAGGAGAGAAACCGUAUCACUGUUCAGACUGUGAGAAGAGUUUUGCUACACAGAGUGAUCUUAAAAAACACCAGCGCAUUCACACAGGAGAGAAACCGUAUUACUGCUCAGACUGUUGGAAGGGUUUUACUACACAGAGUCAUCUCAAACAGCAUCAGCGCAUUCACACAGGAGAGAAACCAUUUUACUGCUCAGACUGUGGGAAGAGUUUUAAUCAACAGAGUAAUUUUAAAAAACACCAGCGCAUUCACACAGGAGAGAAACCGUAUCACUGCUCAGAGUGUGGGAAGGGUUUUAUUACACAGAGUCAUCUCAAACUGCAUCAGCGCAUUCACUCAGGAGAGAAACCGUAUCACUGCUCAGACUGUGGGAACAGUUUUAGUCGACAGAGUCAUCUCCAACGACACCAGCGCAUUCACACAGGAGAGAAACCGUAUUACUGUUCAGACUGUGAGAAGAGUUUUGCUACACAGAGUGAUCUUAAAAAACACCAGCGCAUUCACACAGGCGAGAAAAUUAUUUCAAAUUAGUUCGAAGGCAAUUAAAAGUGCAAAUCAUAGGAGAGGCCAACAAAAUCCUUUCCAGAGGCUAAAUAAAACGCUCCAGCUGUAGUUCCCAUACUGAAAUCAACCCAUUCCAGGUUUGUGUAGCGCAGUAAUGUUGCAGGCUCAUUCAUUCCCUCUGCUGGUGUUCUCGUUUGUCUAUGGUUCAGUCGCUCUGAUUAAAAAUUUGUUACCUUAGAGUGAUAUAGAUAGGUAUUUGGUUGUUGUAUUACUCACGUUUUAU